GUCCAGGAUGGGGACCAUGUUUGUCUGGGCCUUGGGCUUUCUGACGCUUCAGAUGCUGAUUUUUGUGGCUGGAGAACAGGGCACAGAGGCUAUCACUGAUGAUGCUGAAAAGGGGCUCCACAUGCACAAGGUGGGAUCUGGGUCAGUACGGGCUGCACUGGCAGAGCUGGUGGCCCUGCCCUGUCUCUUCACCCUGCAGCCACAACCAGAUGCAGCCCAAGAUGCUCCUCGGAUCAAGUGGACAAAGGUUCGGACUGCAUCAGGCCAGCGACAAGACUUGCCCAUCCUGGUGGCCAAGGACAAUGUGGUUCGGGUGGCCAAGGGUUGGCAGGGACGAGUGUCACUGCCUGCCUACCCCCGGCGACGAGCCAAUGCCACACUACUGCUGGGGCCACUGAGGGCCAGCGACUCUGGGCUUUACCGCUGCCAGGUCGUGAGGGGCAUCGAAGAUGAACAGGACCUGGUGCCCUUGGAGGUGACAGGGGUUGUGUUCCACUACCGGGCAGCCCGGGACCGCUAUGUGUUGACCUUUGCUGAGGCCCAGGAGGCCUGCCGUCUCAGCUCAGCCACCAUUGCAGCUCCUCGACACCUGCAGGCUGCCUUUGAGGACGGCUUUGACAACUGUGAUGCUGGUUGGCUCUCUGACCGCACUGUUAGGUAUCCUAUCACCCAGUCCCGUCCCGGUUGCUAUGGCGACCGUAGCAGCCUUCCAGGGGUUCGGAGCUAUGGGAGGCGAGACCCACAGGAACACUAUGAUGUGUAUUGCUUUGCCAGGGAGCUGGGGGGCGAGGUCUUCUACGUGGGCCCUGCCCGCCGCCUGACGCUGGCUGGCGCCCGUGUUCAGUGUCGCCGUCAGGGCGCCACUCUGGCCUCAGUGGGACAGCUGCACCUGGCCUGGCACGAGGGCCUGGACCAGUGCGACCCAGGCUGGCUGGCCGAUGGCAGCGUGCGCUACCCAAUCCAGACGCCGCGUCGGCGAUGCGGGGGCCCAGCGCCAGGUGUGCGCACAGUGUACCGCUUUGCCAACCGGACCGGCUUCCCCGCGCCCGCUGCGCGCUUCGAUGCCUACUGCUUCCGAGCUCAUCACCCCACACCACAACAUGGAGACCCAGAGACUCCAUCAUCUGGGGAUGAAGGAGAUAUUCUGUCGGCAGAAGGGCCUCCUAUUCAUGAAUUAGACCCCAACUUGGGGAAAGAAGAGGCAGUCGCCGCUGACUUACAGGAGCCUCUGGUGUCCAGUGGAGAAGAAGAGCCCCUGAUCUUGGCAGAGAACCAGGAAACUCAAGAGACCCCCCAUAUUGCCCAUGGGGGUCCCACACUGGCUUCAUGGCCUACUGAGGAAAUGUGGCAGAACACAGUAGCCCCCAGCCUCAGGAACAUGGGAGCAGGCACUGCAGCAGGUUCACACAUGUUGGUGGCCCCAGUCCAGCUCACACCAAGGAGGAGGGGGCGCUUCAAAGGGUUGAAUGGGCGCUACUUCCAGCAGCAGGAACCAGAGGGUGGAGGGCAGAGGGGGACAGAGGCCAGCGCCCAGCCCCCCACCACUGAGGCUGCUGGGAAUCAUGUGGAACCUCCCUCCACCUCUGGAGCCAAGGAUGCCUUGGAGAAUGGUGGGAACCAGAGGCCCUGGGCUGAUCUGACCAAUGAGGUGGAUGUGCCUGGAGCUGGUUCUUCUGGUGGCAGGAGCUCCCUAGAGUCCUGGCAGUGGCACCCAACUAUCGUCCCACCUAGCAUCUCUGGCCUGGAGUUAGAGAAAGCCAAGGGCCCCAGCAUAAGGCCACCUACCCAAGACCUGCCUUGGUCUCCCUCAGAGGCCACUGUCCUGGCUCCCAGCCUCUUGGAGGGACGCAGUCCUGCCCCAUGGGAGGCAUCCUCUGUAGUCACUUCCCCAGAUCUCCCUAUCAUGGCGAUGCUGCGUGUCCCCAAACAGUCACUCCUGCCCCACUUUACACCUGUCACCACUAAGGCAAAUGGGGUCAAGGGGCAUAGUGAGGUCAUGGCCACUGAGCUGCUCUCCCCUGUCACAGAAACCAAAGUGUAUUCUCUACCUUCCUACUUGGGCCUGACAGGACUAGGUGGAGAAGUCAGGAGCAUGACACUCACCACUAAUUCUGAUGCUCCCAGGGAAAACCUUGGAAAAACUGGGGUGACCAGCCCCACUCAGUUCAACAAAGAUGAGUACCCCAGAUCCCGCCCCUGGGCCUCUGUGGACAGGACUAUGGUGGUAAACUUUGCCCCCACUGAGACUGCUACAGAACCCACAGGCGUCAUAGGCAUCUUAGGGUCGGAGUCUGGGGACUUCAACACAGCAGAAAGCUUUACUCAUAGCUCUGAGGUCACUGCUGAUGAGAUGCAGAGCACCUGGCCCUCACCAUACAGUGCAGGGCUGGGUGCCAGCCUUCCAUCUGCACCCUUGGGGGAUCCUGGAGACUUCUUCAUGCCUGGAUUCACCUUGAAUUUGCAGCCUUGGGCUGCUACAGAUAAAGGAGCCACGGUGGGUCCCAUGGAGUCCACAGCCAGUGAUGCUGGUGGAAUUUGGGAAUCUGGAUCCCAUGUAUUUGAAGGAGCCAAAAGCCCCACCUUGGCCUCUCAGGUGGCUGUGGAUACAAGUAUGGUGAUGUCCCUCACAUCCCUGGAUCAGGGUGACAAGGUUGGGGUCCUGGCCACGUCCACACUGGCCUCCUCAAGCUCCCAACCCCUCCCAGAGCUUCACCUAGAGGGCCAGAUGGAGGCCCAGGGGACACUGGGUACUUUAGCCCUUCCACAUCAGGGCAACCCCCUUGGAAAGCUGGAUUUUCCUCCUUGGACACCAACUGCCGCCAGCAUGGAUGAGGCUGUCUCAGUUUCCUCAGGAGAAACUACAGCACCAUGGGACUUGACCAGCACCCUGCUGCCCAUCUCCCUGGGCACAGAGGAGUUUGAGCUAGAGGGCCUGUCAGGGAGCCCAGGUGUGGAGGGUUUCUGGGAGGAGGCAGCAAGUGGAGAGCAGCCGGCCCUGCCAGGGACCCCUGCAAAUGGGAGUGCCAAGGAGGACAUUGAUGACUGUGUCUGCAGUCCCUGUGAGAAUGGAGGCACCUGUAUCGAUGAGGUCAAUGGCUUUGUCUGCCUUUGCCUUCCAAGUUAUGGUGGCAGCCUCUGUGAGAAAGACACAGAGGGCUGUGACCGUGGAUGGCACAAGUUCCAGGGCCACUGCUACCGGUAUUUUGCCCACCGGCGGGCAUGGGAGGACGCCGAGAGGGACUGCCGCCGUCGAGCUGGCCAUCUGACCAGCAUCCACUCACCUGAGGAGCACAGCUUCAUUAACAGUUUUGGGCAUGAAAACACUUGGAUUGGCCUGAAUGACAGGAUUGUGGAGAGGGAUUUCCAGUGGACAGACAACACAGGGCUGCAAUAUGAGAAUUGGCGGGAGAACCAGCCGGACAAUUUCUUCGCGGGUGGAGAGGACUGUGUGGUGAUGGUGGCACAUGAGAGUGGGCGCUGGAAUGAUGUUCCCUGCAACUAUAACCUCCCCUAUGUCUGCAAGAAGGGCACAGUGCUUUGUGGUCCCCCUCCAGCAGUGGAGAAUGCUUCACUCAUUGGUGCCCGCAAGGCCAAGUAUAAUGUCCAUGCCACUGUACGCUACCAGUGCGAGGAAGGAUUUGCCCAGCACCAUGUGGCCACCAUCCGGUGCCGGAGCAAUGGCAAAUGGGACAGGCCCCAAAUUGUCUGCACCAAACCCAGACGGUCACAUAGGAUGCGGCGACACCAUCACCACCACCAACACCACCACCAGCAUCACCACCACAAAUUGCACAAGGAACGCAAAAAACACAAGAAACACCCAGCAGAGGACUGGGAGAAGGAUGAAGGGAAUUUCUGCUGA